UGUAGCUAUUUAAUAUGUUUCCACUGACUGUGGAAAACAAGCAUGUGGCCCAGUUGUUGCUCAGUACUGGUACCUGUCCAAGAUGUAUCUUCAGAUUCUGUGGUGUGGAUUUUCAUGCACCAUACAAACUUCCCUACAAGAUGAAGAAACUGAGGCACAGAGAGGUUAAGCAACCUGCCCAAAGUUACACAGCUAUUAAGUGAGCAAGCUAGGAUAUGAACUGUCUGUCUGAAUCCAAAGCCUAGAAUUUGGAGCUAGAAGACAUGGAUUUGAAUCCCAGUUUCACCACUUUCCAGCUUCAGUUUUCUUCUCUGUAAAUGGGCAUGAUGAUAACAUCCACCUCACAGGAUUUUAAGGGACAAUAUCUAAUAAAGAGUUGCUCAAUGAACUGCAAAAAUUUCUGGAAACUGAAAAAGAUGAAUUAAUUUCAGAAGUUCCAAACCCACCUCCCAAGAAAAUUCGACUACAAGAACUAGAAGAUGGGAUUGAUGGGAUGGAUAAUCUGAGUCAAAAUGGAGAGGGAAAGAUCUCGAUUAUUGAAGAUGGAAGCAUUGCUUCCAAGAACUCAAAUUUAAAUGUAUGCAAUGUAUGCCUAGGAAUUCUUCAAGACUUCUGUGAAAAAGAGUUCAUUAAAAAGGUGUGCCAAAAGGUUGAGGCCUCUGGGUUUGAAUUCACCAACUUGGUAUUGUCAAUCUCCUUCCCACCACAGCUAUCUGUAAGAGAGCAUGCUGCAUGGUUGCUGGUAAAACAGGAAAUGGGAAAGCAGAGUCUGUCGCUGGAAAGAAAUGAUACAGUUCAGCUAAAAGAAGCCUACAAAUGGAUAACUCACCCCCUGUUUUCAGAGGAACUGGGUGUUCCCAUUGAUGGAAAGAGCUUGUUUGAAGUGAGUGUGGUCUUUGCUCACCCAGAAACAGUUGAGGAUUGCCACUUCCUACGUGCGAUAUGCCCAGAUUGUUUCAAGCCAGCCAAAAACAAACAGUCAGUAUUCACUAGAAUGGCAGUUAUGAAAGCUUUGAAUAAGAUUAAAGAAGAGGAUUUCCACAAGCAGUUUCCUUGUCCUCCAAACUCACCAAAGGCUGUAUGCAGUGUUGUUGAAAUUGAAUGUGCUCAUGGUGCUGUUUUUGUGGCUGGGAGAUAUAAUAAAUACUCCAGGAAUCUACCACAAACUCCUUGGAUAAUUGACGGAGAAAGGAAGCUGGACUCUUCAGUGGAAGAAUUAAUUUCAGACCACCUUUUGACAGUGUUCAAAGCAGAGAGCUUUAAUUUUUCAUCCUCUGGGAGAGAAGAUGUAGAUGUGAGAACAUUAGGAAAUGGAAGGCCCUUUGCAAUUGAGCUGGUGAAUCCUCAUAGAGUACAUUUCACUUCACAAGAAAUUAAGGAACUUCAGCAGAAAAUUAAUAACUCAUCUAACAAAAUCCAAGUCCGUGACUUGCAGCUUGUCACAAGAGAGGCAAUAGGUCAUAUGAAAGAAGGUGAAGAAGAAAAGACCAAGACCUAUAGUGCCUUAAUAUGGACAAAUAAAGCAAUACAGAGGAAGGACAUUGAAUUCCUAGAUGACAUAAAGGACUUAAAGAUUGACCAGAAAACACCUUUACGGGUCCUUCACCGGAGGCCCCUGGCUGUGAGAACUCGCAUCAUUCACUCCAUGGAGACACACUAUGUGGAUGAGCACCAUUUCCGCCUCUACCUGAAGACUCAGGCAGGAACCUACAUUAAAGAGUUUGUACAUGGAGACUUUGGAAGAACGAAGCCGAACAUUUGCUCUCUGAUGGAUGUGACUGCAGACAUUCUUGAGCUGGAUGUUGAGUCUGUAGAUGUCGAUUGGCCCCCUGCUCUGGAUGACUAGCUUUCAAUGGGAAACAAAGAGUAGGGUUUUCCAGCAAAAUGUGGACGUCCAUUCAGCAUACACUGUAAGAUGGCUGUUUUUACCCACCAUAACGGUGUCUUGGAAACCAUUUGGAUCAUGUUGAUCUAUUUUUAAAUUUGUUGUAACAUCUCAGGAUCUAUGUACAUGUAUAUUUUGUGUUGAAUUGUCCUAAGGAUGUCUUAUGAUUUUUCUCGUUCCUUCUCCAACCCCCCACAAGCCAAACUAUGAAUAAUGAAAUCAUUCAUUCAGAGAGGUACACAAACAGGAUACAUUCUCUGAAAAUCUGAGAAGCUGUAAUUUCUUUCAGCAAAAUUGCCCUCCACAGGAUAGAUACCACUUUUUUUUGUUUUAUUUUUGCGGUACGCGGGCCUCUCACUGUUGUGGCCUCUCCCGUUGCGGAGCACAGGCUCUGGACGCACAGGCUCAGCAGCCAUGGCUCACGGGCCCAGCCACUCCGCAGCAUGUGGGAUCUUCCCGGACCGGGGCACAAACCCGCGUCCCCAGCAUCGGCAGGCGGACUCUCAACCACUGCGCCACCAGGGAAGCCCAGAUACCACUUUUUAAAUCAGGUUUAAAAUUUUUUAAAUGAUCUUGAUAAAAGUUACAUCUAGAUUUAUGCAGCACAGUAUCCUUGUAAUAUUCUAAGAUACCAAAUGCAAAUCUGACAUCAUUAAUAUUUUUCCCAGUAAGCUUCAAGCAAGCUAUUACCAAUAGAAGUGUGUUUUGGUACAAUUUGUCACAAACUUUAAUGACUCCAAGCUACUCUUUUGACAAUCUAAAAUUGUCAGUACAUUUCCUGGGGGAGAGAAUGUGAGACCUUAGGAAUUGAGGCAUACCAUAAGAGACUUUCAUAAAUCUUUUAAAUAAGGAGUCACAAGUGCCUUCAAUGACUUCAAUCCCAGGGAUAAGAUUUUGAAAAAUUGACAUUGCUAAACAAAGGUAAGCUGAUAUUAUUCCAGAGUGCUUCAAUGUAUUAUCCAAUUUCAAACAUCUUCAUCAGGUAGAUAGGGUAUUAUCUCCACUUUAUAAAUAUGAAAACCAAAGAAUAGAAGUGAACUGACUUAUCUAAAAUUGUUAGUUACUUCCAUAUCUAGGACUAGGACUGAAGUUUCCCGGUCUCUAGGGUCUUUUCUAAUAAAUCUUAUUAUUGAGCAUCUGCUACAUGAAAGGAGGCAACCAAGAAUGUCAUUUUAAUGGACAUAACCAUGAGAAUUGACUUUUGGAAUUUAGAUACCAAAUCAAGCUUACAAAAAAAUUGCCCAAGUAAAUUUCACGUGAGCUCAUAUGAUUACCAUUUGUUAAUUAAUCAUUAGUUGGUACUACGAAGAGGAAAAACAUUAAAGAAGCAAAGAAAAUGGAUAGAUCAUUAAGAGAAAAGUUUCAGAAAAGAGUCUCAUUCAAAUUUCAGAUUUAAGUGCAGUUUCCAUCACCCUGAUUCAACUUUCUGAGCUUAUUUUGGAACACAUGACUUGGAUAGUAUUGGAUUAUUCAACUUCCCAUCUCUACAUUAAACAUGAUUCAGAGAUACUAAGUUGUAUCAUUCACCUUAAGAAUCAGGAAAACAGUUUAACUGACAUGAAGAAAUUUCAUAUGUGAAUAAUAGCAAAUAACUUUUUCAUUAUUUUCAAUGCCGGUAAAUGAGAAAGGGAUAAUAGAAAUAAACUUGAUAAAAAGGUAAGAA